UAAACAAUGUAUGACCAGUCUCUUCGGGUGAUGAUAUGUCCCGGAUGAUUGACUGACCAAUCACAUGCCUGAUUUUCAGAGUGCAUUUGUAUAAAAUGGAGUGCUUUGCACAAAUAGUUAUUUUCAGAAUGUCGGCAGCCGGGGCUUCCUCCUCCUCCUCCUUCUCGUCCCCCAUCCAAAAGCCCAGCAAGCGACGAAGAGAUGAUUACGAAGGAGGGGUCCGACAGGACAUUAGAUGUUCUUGAAGACUUGGUUGGAGAACUCCAAACCAAUUACGGACAAUGGCGAACAAAUGCAGCAGCAGCAAACAGCAACGGCAGCAGCACCAACAUCAGCUGCAACACCAACAGCAGCAAAUGCAACCGCAGCUACAGCAGCAGCAAAGGCAACAGCAGCAAAUGCAGCAACAGCAGCAAAUGGCUAUAUUGCUUGCAUAUUGCAUGCAUUAUUGCAUCUUUACUGUGUUUGCAGCAACGCCAGCAGCAGAAGCCACAGCAACAAAUGCAACAGCAGCAGCCACGGCGGGGGAGAGGGAGGAGGAGGUAGAGAGGGAGGAAACAAAAAAUAAAAAGUAGUGUCUACACCAUGUAUGUACCAUUACACCCCACUCCUUCACUCCCAUAUACUCA